AUGAAAGAGACAGUGCACUGGUUCAUCUGAUGAAGCGGGCGAGAGAAGAACAUCUCCACCGAGUCAUUUUACCAAGGACAGAAAUCGUGGUUCAUCAAUUCAGACAUUAACUAAUUUGAGCUCGUUUCAUGUCCAAAGCUGAAAGGCUCUGCACUGACUCGGAUGACAGUAAUCUAUUACCUGAGGAGGGAAUGAGCCCCGCAGCAGCAUCUGCCUGGAGGGGAUUCAGAGCGCGCCAGUCCAAGAGAGCGGUCCGCUGGGACUCACACCGGGACAGAGACCUGUCCCCUCCCGUGGAGACACUGAACUUCCACUCGACUAGUUAGUAUCACCAAUUCAUAGUUUUAAAUCCGUACCAUUAUUUACGUGGAUAAACGCGAUCACGCCUUGGUACGAAUUUGCGCUUCGGCUGUCGGGAAUAAGAUCUUAAUAAUAAAAGAACGCACGCAAAUGAGGAGCAACAGAGGUUUUGAUGAACAAAGUCACCUUUUCUUCACUGAAGCAUCAUAGGAUGCUUUGAAUAGUAGGAGCAGCUGGAAACAUGAAAGCUGUUGCGUGUGGCCAUUAAGUGCCGAUACUCCGUUUGGAAAUGGAAAACUACAGUAUGUGGUGUAACUUCACUCAAGUUCUGUUGAAGCUGGAUGAGACGAGCGGUGAGGAAGAGGAGGAGGACAGCGGCAGCGGUGGGGGGAGCGGCGGAUUGCGCGUCCUCAUCGGCUGCAUCCUCUUCCUGCUCAUCGUGUCCACGCUGCUCGGGAACACGCUGGUGUGCGCUGCCGUGGUCAAGUUCCGCCACCUGCGCUCCAAAGUCACCAACUUCUUCGUCAUCUCGCUGGCCGUGUCUGACCUGUUCGUGGCCGUGCUGGUGAUGCCCUGGGAGGCCAUCACUGAGGUGACUGGCUCAUGGCUGUUCGGACGGUUUUGUGAUGUCUGGAUCGCUUUUGACAUCAUGUGCUCCACUGCAUCCAUCCUCAACCUGUGCAUCAUCAGCGUAGACCGCUACUGGGCCAUCGCCAGCCCGUUCAAGUAUGAGCGCAAGAUGACUCACCGUGUGGCUUUUGUCAUGAUUGGGGUGGCCUGGACACUGUCGAUCCUGAUCUCCUUCAUCCCAGUGCAGCUGAACUGGCACCGGGCCGCAGAGGAAGAGGAGGACAUGAUGGAGGAGACUGUGGAAAUGAUGACUGGCAGGAACUUCACAAACAGUAGCAUCCUCAAUGCCAGCACUGCGGCCGAAAGCUGCGUUGCCAACCUGAACAGAACCUAUGCCAUCUCCUCCUCCUUCAUCAGCUUCUACAUCCCAGUGGUGAUCAUGAUUGCCACCUACACCCGGAUCUAUCGGAUUGCGCAGACCCAAAUCCGCCGGAUCGCCUCUUUGGAGCGGGCAGCGGAGCAGGCGCAGAACCAAGGUUAUAGUGUGAACCGGAACCAGCAGCAGCAGCAGCGCAGGCCCAAUGAUGAAGCUUCCCUGAAGUCGUCCUUUAAGAAGGAAACCAAAGUCCUGAAGACUCUUUCCAUCAUCAUGGGGGUUUUCGUCUUCUGCUGGCUGCCGUUCUUCGUCCUCAACUGCACCGUUCCCUUCUGUGACCCGCCCUGUGUCAGUGACACCACCUUCACCGUCUUCGUUUGGUUCGGUUGGGCCAACUCCUCACUCAACCCGGUCAUUUACGCAUUCAACGCGGAUUUCCGCAGGGCCUUCGCCACCAUCCUGGGUUGCAACAGAAUCCUCUCAAACACCACAGUGGAACCUGUGAACUUCAGCAACGAGCUUGUCUCUUAUCACCAUGACACUACGCUCCACAAGGACGCACUGGUCCCCGCACAACUGCCGCAGCAUCCACGCAACAUUAAGGUCGGGUCUGACAACCUGGAGAGCGUGAGCGCACAGUUUGACCAGGAGUCACUCAUCUCCCACGGCUCCCGUAGUCAGAGCAGACCGCUGCUGCUUCCUGCCACCGUGCAGUUCGAGGAUGACCCAGAGAUCUCUUUGGAAACGAUCACUCCGUUUACCUCGGCGGCGGGGCUGGAGAGCGAGGUGCUGAUACCUGGACAGGUGCAUCGUGACGGAUAGGACUGAGUGGCCUGACAGGAGGUUGGGCUGCGUUUCCUGCUAAACAAAAGCUGUAAUUAAACUCCAUAACAUCUGUUGCUUUCCAUGUAGAAUAAUGGAGCUUAGACAGCUGCUCUUUAAA